GUGGCUGACAUUCGGGCACGCUGUGAUUUUUAGAAUUUGUGUUUCUGGAUCGGAAAACUAAACUUUUUAAAACGGCGCAAAGAGGCACGGAAAGGUGCGUGAUUUGGAAUGGCAGCCGAGCAGAAAGUUGAAGGUUCUUGGUUGAUCCACGGAUGAUGUAGAGGAUAAGGCGCUUAUGACGACAGUGGGAUUGCUUUUGCUGAAAUGGAAGCGGAUCUGCUUGGCAUAGAUCGUUUUAUUCUCGCAAAUAGAAGACUUAAAGGUUGUACUUCACUUUCAGCAGUUGGUGUUUAGUUAUAGUUUACCCGUGCAAGGAGGAGAAGAAAAACUUAGUUGAAUAAACAUUGCCAUAUUGGAUUGCGUUCAAAAGCGCUGCAAUGAAUCGGUACACGACAAUAAAGCAGCUCGGAGAUGGCACUUACGGCUCUGUCCUCAUGGGAAGAAGCAAUGAGACUGGGGAGUUGGUCGCCAUCAAAAAAAUGAAGAGGAAGUUUUAUUCCUGGGAUGAGUGCAUGAAUCUGCGGGAAGUCAAGUCACUAAAGAAGCUCAAUCAUGCCAACGUCAUCAAGCUCAAGGAAGUGAUUCGUGAAAACGACUGCCUCUACUUUGUGUUUGAAUACAUGAAGGAAAACCUCUACCAGCUGAUGAAAGACAGAAACAAGUUGUUUCCUGAGUCCAUGAUCAGAAACAUCAUGUACCAGAUUUUACAAGGACUGGCUUUCAUCCACAAGCAUGGCUUCUUUCACCGUGACAUGAAACCUGAGAAUCUGUUGUGCAUGGGGCCGGAGCUCGUGAAGAUUGCUGAUUUUGGACUGGCAAGAGAAAUACGUUCCCGACCUCCCUACACGGACUAUGUCUCCACCAGAUGGUAUCGGGGCCCAGAGGUCCUGCUCCGUUCGACCAGCUACAGCUCGCCUAUCGACAUUUGGGCCCUGGGCUGCAUCAUGGCCGAACUCUACACGUUACGCCCACUCUUUCCCGGAUCAAGCGAGGUUGACCAGAUCUUCAAGAUAUGCCAGGUGCUUGGCACUCCUAAAAAGACUGACUGGCCGGAAGGACAUCAGUUGGCGGCAGCCAUGAACUUCCGCUGGCCUCAGUGUGUCCCAACCAACUUGAAAACACUUAUACCCAAUGCCAGCAACGAGGCCAUUCAUCUCAUGCGUGACAUGCUCCAUUGGGAACCUAAGAAGAGGCCAAAUGCUGUGCAGUCGUUACGGUACCCGUACUUCCAAGUGGGACAAGCUCUCGGACCCCCACAGCCGCUACAGCACCAGGCGCAACCCUCGGAGCAGCCGUUAAAGCCGCCUGCUCCAACCCAGCCACUCCAGCCCAUCCAGCCAUCCCAGCUCCCAGCUGUCGCUCCACACGCUCCCGCAUACCCACCACCGCCCACUUACACGGCGGACCCUCCGAAUCUUGGGCUGGGCCUCAUACCCACCGUCAACAAUAAUCCUAAUCCGAACCCAGUUCCGGGGAACGAGAACAUGGGAGCAGUGGGGCUAAAGGGUGGCCGGAGGCGCUGGGGCCAGGCCAACCUCAAGAAUGCUGAGCAGUGGGAUGACUUGGAGGACCUGGACUUCUCCACCAACUUCGGCAGGAAGCCGUCUCUCCCACGCAACAAGAAGAGCCUUGGCGAGGACACGCUGUUUGGGUCUGUAGAACAGAAGCCCCCAAACGCUUUCCCAGUUGGCAGCAAGAACACCGCGAAGCAACUGGACUCUGCAUCUUCUGCCAGACAGCAUUACCUGCGCCAGUCACGCUACCUUCCAGGUAUAAACACAAAGACUGGAGCAAAUGGAAAUCUGAAUCGAGAUGUAGAAAGCCCGUGGAGUAAAGACAGAGGUUACUCGAGCAAGCCUAUGGGAGUUGUCGCUGGAAUGAACUUAAACAGGACAAAUGCAGCAUUUGCAGGUCCUUCUUACAAUGCAGUAAGCGGUUACAUCCCAUCGUUCCAAAAAAAGGAAGUGGGAUCUGCAGGCCAAAGAGUUCAGCUGGCACCAGUCGCAGGACCAACCUCCAACUACGGAGCGUGGAAGCCUACGGGCCGGCAACAAGUGGUGGGGCCGAGUUACAACCCCGCAGCCAAAACCUCCGCCGGGCUGAUACAGCGCACGCAGCCAAUGCAACCUGUCCAUGGGCGCACGGACUGGGCUUCCAAAUACGGAAACCACAGAUAGGAGCGGGAGACCUCCGCGGCUUUGCUGGAAUGACGGCUUCCUUUCGGUCUCACCGUACACGUGGCCAACAGAAGUGGACUUGUGACUGGGCCGUUUCAGUCUGUUGGUUAAUUUUUAUUACGAGUUUUAUUUUUGUAUGAUACGCUUGUUUUUAUUAAUUGCAACUUUGCCACAUUAGUGGUGCUGUAAUUGAAUGUAAAGCUACUCUUUUUUUUCUACAAUUCUUUAACCCUGAUGUGCAUACUCCAACAAUGGGCUUAUGUUAUGAAUGUGCCUAUAAUCCUGUAACUAAACUUUUGAUUCAAUGACAACUUUGUCCUGUAAGUUGUAAUUUGUUAUUUUUAUUUAGUUUUUAAAGAAAAAAUAGAUUUUCCUACGUGGUAGUUUUUAAUAAUGAAACUAUUUUUUAUGUUUAACUACUUAACAUUUGUUUACCAUAAUAAAUGGAUACCGAUUUUUCUAAAUUGCUGUUUUUGUGCAAUAGAUACACAGGUUAUACAUUCAAAAUGUAAAAAUAUAUAAAGUGUAUACCAUACAAUUAUAUAAAUAUACUGGACAAUGUUUGUAUGUUUAUAACUUAAUUUCAAAUUCUGAAAAAACAUUUGACAAUACUCCUUAAUCUGGAGUAGGAAUUAACAUAUUUAGUUCAUAAAAAAAAAUUGAACAAAAUGUUUGCGUCUUAAUUUCAUUAUCUUCAAAAUGCAUGAGAAUGGUUACGUGGUCACCAACACUUCUCUCUCCAUUUACUCAUAACCAGAAAAACAAUUCGCUGCACGGUGUCUGCAUUCUUAAGUAUAGGUAGUCCACAACUUACGAACACCGACUUCCAAACAUCAUCACUUACGAACGAGCUUCCAUAAUACUCUGGUUCUUUCGGUAAAGUCACGUAGGUAGAAAAAUAAUAGAUCACGACGUUUAGAUCGCAACACAAGCAAUCGUCAUCAGGUGGGACAACCACAGCAAGAAAAAACUGCUGAAGUCGGCGAGAGAUCUGUGGCACGAGGUUAUAUAGGUCUCGGCAGUAGGGGGGGGGGGGGAGGCGGGUCACUGGAGUAGAGUGGACCACCGCGGCAGCACUGGAUAGAUCGGCUGCAAAGAGUAUGGAUUCCUGCAGUCAUGAAAGCUUCAAAUCAAGUUUGAGCUCUCAUAAGAGAAUUAUUUUUUAACAAUCCGACUUGUGAAGUCGCACUUGCGAACUGAACCGAAGACUUGUCCCAUAAUGCGCAACGGCAGUGAACCGCAACACAAUUUUAUAACAUUGACCGUAUGUGCAUAUAAAUGCAGUACAUUAUUGUGUUCCAACUUAUGAACCGUUCAACUUACGAAUGGGUCUCAGGAACGGAACCCGUUUGUAAGUCGAGAACUACCCAUAUCGAUAUAUUAUGCAAGUAGCAUCCCCAAUCUCAUCCCCAUACAGGCAUCUGUUGUGCUUUCCAUUGCUUAGAUGUGCCACUAUAAGGUUCUUAAUAAAAUAUUUAACAAUA